AUGCAUGCUGCGACAGCCCCACAUUGUGCUCGUGGAAAGGGAGGGCAGUGCACGUUGCGGUCGAAUGGAAAAGCGAGAAAUACUUACGGAUUGCAGGAGUGGAGCCACUGGACAGACAGCGUUGGCCACUCCAAGAUAUGUGACAUGAUAUGCCUGUACAAUAGCAUGCAAUUACUUUGCCAGUUUCGGUGGCUGACGCGCAGUGAAGUUGUGGGUGUGCCCGCAGAUGACUGUGGUGCCGCUGCCGGCAAUGUUGGCCACUCCUCUUUGCUCAUGGAGGUCCCAGCGGGAAGCGGAGAGUUCUUCAGCCCUGUGGAAAUUCUUUUGCAGCGGUUGCUGUCAUUUGUAGGAGAAGACGCUCGCGAUGCAGUUGAUGCUGCCACGCAUGGUGUCGGCUCGUCAGCAGCAAACGUCACUGAACCGCCUCGAGAGCGCCGCCGGCUCAGCGACUGCAACGACCCGCUGCCUGCAGCAGCCCCUGAUACCGCAGGCAGUUUUCCCUGUCGCUGUUUUGCUGCUUCAUGCUUCGCUGCAUCGAUCUUUCCCUGCCGUGGCAUCCCACAGGUAUUGCCACCCAAACAAGACUUCCUGAUGGAGAGUGCUCGCUGUCUUGAGGUGCCGGAGGCUGCAGAGACGGGUGUACCUUCAGAUGCCCCACAAGCAUCGACUAUCAUAGGAGAUGCCGGCUCUGUCUUAGUCCUAGACAUCCCCAAAAACACAAGUAAGGGGAACACGACAAACCUCUGA